AUGAAAAUAAACUUUGUGAGCUUUUUUGAAAUUCAAGGAGAUAUUAAAAAAGAAUUCAAUGAGAAAUGUGCUCAAACAUUGUUAUAUCUGAAUGAAAUGCAAAAAAUUGAUUCUAAGAAUGACCAGCUAAAAAAAGCUCAUUGUGUAUACUUGUAUUACAUUCUGUAUGAUUCUUACUAUAAAAAAGGUAAAAACGGUUCAGAAAUUAAAAAACUUUUUAAUGAAUUGAUUACUUUAAAUAAUAGGACGCAAGAUCCUCAAUGCACUAAUUAUAAUGAUAUUACAAUUACAGAUGAUGAAAGGUCAAAGCUCAAAGUCAUACAUGACAUGUACACGAAACUGGCUAAAAUAAAUUGUGAAACUAAUAUAUCUGGGCAUAAUUGUGAUUGCGCCAAAAAGUGUGCCGAUACAUAUAAAACAUAUAUAAAGAAAGAAAUAUACUGGAAUUAUCUGAAACACCAAGUUGUGAUUUUAGAAAUAAUAAAUAUUUUAUUUUAUAUAAUUCUGACUAAUUUUAUUGUUUAUAAUAUAAUAAUAAGAAAAUAUUAUUUAUGUAACAUAUAA